CAAUGCCGAUGAGGGGAUUGCUGGACCAGCCUCGACUGACCACAAUUGGAUCCAAGGGCAUUGGUACGGACUUGGCCUGAGAUUUGCCCAGAGCGAAGUUCGGGUCUAUUCUUGGCAACAUACUCUGGGGUAGAACUCUGGGGUAUGAGAUUGAGAUCUAACUAACAUGUCUCCGGAGAUCGCAUCGACUUCUAGGGGGCAUUGAUGUUCGGGGUAAUCAUGCUCUGCUUCGCCGGCCGGUGCGAGGGUAUAAGACCACCAAUACUCUUCAAUGAAUCUCACGAGAAUCCAGCAUCUAGUUUUCGUCGAAGAAAGAACCUUAGCAUCUAAAGAGUCAAAGAUGGGCGCCACCAUGACUGAUAUCGAAAAGGAACCUGUUGCCGCUGCGCACAUAGAUGCCACCAAACACACCGACGUCACGAAUCAGGAGGUGGACAUGUCGAUCGUCGACGACCCGACCUUCCUCAAGGAGGAGAAGAAGGUUGUACUAAAGCAGGAUCUCGUCAUCAUGCCUUGCCUUGCCCUUGGGUUGUUUUUCGCGUAUUUGGAUCGUGGAGCCAUUGGGAACGCUCGAGUGCUAGGAAUGCAGGACGAGUUGAACUUCACCCCUCAGCAGUUCUACAACUGCGUGAUGAUGUUCUAUGUUGGCUAUAUGCUUUUCGACUUGCCUGCGGCACUGGCCCUUCGAUAUAUCAAACCUCGAUUCGUCAUAGGCACUGCUUUGGUCGUUUUUGGCACACUGGCAGCAUUGCUCGCAGUGGUCAAGUCAUACGCAGCCAUCAUGGUGAUCCGAGUCGGCAUUGGAUUGGGCGAGUGCUUCGUCAACGUUGCUUGGAUAUUUGCCAGUCAGUGGUAUAAGCCUAGCGAGAUGGGUCUCCGAGCCGGACUCUUGUAUUGUAUGACUCCAAUUGCAGGAGCUUUUAGCGGACUCAUCGCCUAUGCCAUUGGUAUUACGAUGGAGGGGAGGAACGGACUCAACGCCUGGGAAUGGCUUUUCAUCGUUGAAGGCUGUAUGACAGUCGGCUUCGGAAUCGUCGUUUGGGUGGUAUUCCAAGGCUUUCCCGAGGAUGUUGCUAGAGAAGGAAGCUGGCUGUUCAGAUCUCAAAGGGAACGUAACAUCAUACGGGCAAGGUUCAAGUUGUCACAAAACAUCGAAGGCGCUAAGGCUCGCUGGCAUCUGUUUGUUCUCGCUCUCAAAGACCCGAAGAUCUACGCAGGCUCCAUGAUUUUAGGGGCUCAGGGUGUUGGGAUCGGGUCCUUUUCUGUCUUCCUCCCUACCUUUGUUCGAGAAUUUGGCUUCGGUCGUCUCCAGACCCAACUCAUCACUAUUAUCCCCUACUCGUUCGCCAUUGUUGGUCUCUUCGGUCUGUCUUACCUUUCUGACAAGGUGCCUCGAAGAGCACCAAUGGUGAUCGCGCUACUCGGAACCACCGCUACCGGCUUCAUCAUCCUUCUCUCUACGACGAACACGAUCGCAUUGGUUGCUGGCUCCUGCUUUGUUGCGGGCGGUGCUUACCCGUGUCUUGUGAUAUCUGUCGCUUGGACCAUCACAUUGCACGGGGGUUAUACGAAACGGGCCACCGCAACCACUGCGUCGAGCAUCGUUAUUCAAGGCCUCAGUAUGGUUUCUUCUCAAGUCUACAGACACCCCCCAAGGUUCUUUCUGGGACACGGCUUCAGCCUGGGGGUCUACCUAGUUUCAAUGUGCACAGCAUAUUGGCUAUACCGACACGUCAUCCGGGAGAAUAGGAAGAGGGAGCAGACUAGGCAGGAGUGGGCGGCUCGCGGAGAGAUCAACCCGUUGUCAAGCAAGACCUUUGAGGAUCUUGGAGACUUUCACCCAGAUUACAGAUACACUCUCUAAGCUCAGAGAGGAUUACUGCACGCUUUAGAAGCCCU